CACAACACCGGUCAGCGUAGCACUGUCUAUCAUUCUCAAUCUUUCUUCUAGGCUCUUACCAGAUGGCGAAGUAUUUGGUGACGGUUGCGUGUGUGUGGACGCUAGGGUCGUCCUGGGCCCAGCAGUACAAGGUGGCCCCUGCAGCAGCUGUGCUGGGUGAUGGAGGUCCCGUCGUUCUGGGACAGUCGGGUGGAGACUUUGGCAAUGUCGCCCAACUUAACCAGCUCGAUGGUCGUCCUGGAUUCGUCGGCCUGUCUGGACAGAACCCCUUUGGUAAUGUGUUCCAGGACAGAUCCCCAUUCUUGCUGGGACAACUGGGCCAGACCUCCCUGACAGGUGACGGUGGGAGCCUCCUAUUGGGUCAGGCCGGCAGCGGCGGAUUCCAGGGCGGCAGCGGCGGAUUCCAGGCCGGCAGCGGCGGAUUCCAGGCCGGCAGCGGCGGGUUUGUAGGAAGUGACGGUCAGCCUGUGACUGUUAGUCAGGCAGGACAGGUGGGCGGCAACGUGUUUGUGGGCCAGCAGCAGCAGCAAGGUCGAGAGGUGACUGUGACACAAACCAGGACAGUUGACAGAUUCGUCACCACCACUGACCUAGCCUUCAAUAGCGUCCCUGUCACCAUUACCGAGUUCAACAAGGUGACGGUGACCCUCGCAACACACCAGGUGCUGGUGACGGCGGUGAACAACGUGGUGCAGGUGACCACCGCCCUGGUGACCAGCACCUCCACACUGACGGUCACCGACGUUAUCUCUGACUUCCGCUUCGUGACGCAGACCUCCACGGAGAUCCAACCAGUCACUCACACUGCCUACAACAUAGACCAGACCACCUUCACCUCCAACAUAGUUCAGAGGGUGGUGGUGACGUCGACAUUCGUACGGACCAACAUACUGACUGAUACCAAAACGGUGACAGAGCGACGCUUCGUAUCAACCGUGCAGUUCGUCCCCGCCACUUAUUAUUAGCGCCGCUCCUCAGUUCGCCUCGGCCACUUGCUUCUAGCACCACCUCACUUACAUCGCUACUUGAUCAUAUUUAUACAUAAAAUCAUCCUUGUAUUCUUUAAAAAUAAUGAAUAUGACCAU